AUGGAGGAUGCAAAGUGGAGGUCUCUGCCAGCGGAUCAGCUGAGCCGUCGCAUCGUGCAGUACGCGCAAGUGAUUGCCAAAGACACGUCCAAGUCAUGUGCAAACGCGCUGAACAGCGCAACACAGCUGCUGUCGGGUCUGCUGGCCUACGGCCCACACUAUGAGUUGCCAACGGAGGCCACUGCAGCGCUGUUUACAGCCCUCACAUCACACAAAGUGCCGCCUUUGCUGCAGCUUCUCUGUGCAAACAUCUUGACCCAUUCCUCCCCAAGCAACAUCACCAUCCAUCGCAUGUCGUCUGCGCUUGAGCGGACAGCGGUGCAUCUCCUGCUCCACGUCAUCCAGGCACAGCACCACCGACCAGAGAUCUUCCUCCAGCACAUCCCAAGCAUCAUCACGUACAUCUACGACAACGACGCUGUGAGUCGUGCCACCAUCUGCUUCCUCACCUCCACCAGCGUCUAUCACAUCCGUUCACUCGAGCAAUCACACGUGGAGCAAGUGACGGAAUUGCUGUCCCAGAGCAUGAUGCACACGAGCAAUCAGCCACCAGAGAAGCAGCGCGGAGUGUUUAGUGGCCAGCAGGAGCCGUUUGUGGAGAUGGACGGGACGGAAGUGAUUGGCGCGUUUACGCCGCUGUGCUUCGGCAAAUCCUAUGGCGGGGACCACCUCAUGAGCAUCGCUUGCUUCUCCGUCGCCAACACGUGGCUCAGGCACAUCUACGUCACAGAGGCGGCAAUCCAAGACGUCCAGCGAAGUCUCUCCACGGAUUCAGAGCCUGUGCUGACAGAGGAUGUGUUGCGUCAGAACUUUGAUGCAAUUGUGGACACGCGGGAAUCGAUUCGGCGAAGUUUUCCGAUAGAGGAACUGGACAUUCAUUCCGGCGCCAAUGACACACUCGCACACGCGCCCGCAAUCGCAGAAGAGGCUGGAGAAGGCGAUGAUGGUGAUGGUGGUGGUGAUGGUGGUGGUGAUGCCGUGAAUAGUGGCGAUGGUGAUGAUGGGAUGGUGGAUGUGUCUGUGAUUCAAAGCCCAUCUGCUGGCUCAAUCUCGUCAACACACGCACACGACGACAACGACGAUGAUGAAGAUGAUGAUGGUAGCGGCAGCGGUGGCGGCGGCGGUGGCGGUGAUGCUGCAGUGAAUGCGUCUGUGUUUUCCUCGCAUGCGCACGUGCGUGGUGUUGUUCGCGGAAUGGGUCUUCGCCUCCAAACGCCAAUUGUUCGCGGCUCCUUCGCUACUGACGCACCAGACUUUCUCCUCUCUGAAGACAUGAAGGAUGAGUUGUUCGCGUACUGCAUUCGCAUCAUUGACCAGUGCUGUAUUGAUGUUCCACAAGAGAAGUUUGCUGCGUAUGUGCAAUCGGGGGACAUUGCCCUUCGCCAGGCCGUUGCGAAACAGGCGAUUGACACGCUGGCAACUCUGGCGGGCGUCCAUCCAGAGGUCGUCCCUGCUGCCAAGUCGUACAUCGAUCGACUGCUCGCCCGCUUCGCAUCCAUCCCACAGAAGGCGCUGUACGAGCCGCAUCUUUUGCUGUCCCUCGUCUCCUUCUUCGUCGCAUAUGGCGAACACAUCGCUUUUGACCUCCACGCGUUGUUUGAUUCGUUCUUUGAGUCCGUGCUCGGCGUCAGGUUUGCUGAUCCACGACUCUGCCUGGACACCAUCAGCAUGUUAAUGGAGCACCGGACUGCUCUCCUCAACACACGCCUCUUUCCCGUCCACUUCCCCACGAUUCUGCGCAUCCUCGCAUGGCAUCCCAAGGCGUUUGUGGAGCAGUUUGUUGUUCUCAUUCCGCUGAUGAGCAACCAGUACACGUUUGUUGAGUUGCUGCAUCUCGUCUUUGAUCUUCCCUGCCUCUCCGCUGCACUCGUCCAGCUCAGAGCUGCUGGCGGACAGGAAGCGCUCGUUAAUGAUGCAUCAAAUCACGACGCCAACGCAUCUGCACUGUACACUUUCAUCCUUCGCACGAAGGGCGGGUUGUGUGAGACAAUUGACAAACUGGACGCGCUGCACGCGCUCACGGCACCACAGCGCAACCAUCCCAUUGUGCAGGGCUGUGCAGAGGUUGCGCCGCUGUUUGCAAGGAUCAUAUUGGACACGGUUCUCAAGCACGCGAGCGAGUCCGAUGUGAAGGCGCUCGUGCCGGUGUUGAUUGAACGCGUGGUUGCGCUCUAUCCCAUCUCAUCGUUCCAGCAGGAGAUGCGUGCGCUGAUGGCGGAGUACGUGCUGAAGGUUUUCCACCGCCAUCCAGGACUCAUCGUCGACCUCAAAUCGGACAUUCUUGGAUUUAUUCGGAAUCGCAACAACGCAGCAAGCGGUGGCGAGGAGUUUUUCGUGCAUCUUGUGUGGAUCAUUGGGGAGCACGCCUCGCCCCUCUCGGACCCGCGCUGCACAACGGAUCUUAUGGUCAUUUACCACGAGGAGCUGGAGGCGUUUGUUGGGGAAGUGAACAGCAUGCUGCAGCAUGGCCCAGGCAACAUCAACCCGGCAUUCAGGGUUGUGCACACCACGCGCCUGAUGAACAUUCUCAUGAUGGCGUUGGCAAAGCUUGCAACGCGCUGUCCUGAGGUGCUUGCACGUGUCAGCCUCUUCCUGACAAAGAUUGCCCGUUCGCACAUGGAGAGCAAAGCGAUUGUGAAGAGCAGUCGUCACGCUGUCAUUGAACGCGCAACGCUCUUGUUACACAUCCUCAAGCAGCCCGCAAUCGCCGCUGCGGUGCUCAGCGAACCCCCACCAAUCAUCACAGAGCCGACUGCGAGUGCAAACCACUUUGAGCCAUCAGGCACGCUGGCAAUUCUUCGCACGUGUCGAUCGUUUGCCUCCACACCAUGAUCCCAACAUGCCGCCACAUCCCCCACUAUCGAGACAUUAAAAGAAUGGCGCUGUUGUGGUACCCUCGCUCUUGUGUGUUGGAGUGUAGCGGCGAGCGAGUGUGCCGAACACGUGCAGGCACAGUUACAUCGUGUAUUACCCCUUGCUGCUCCUUGCUCUUCUCGUGUCGAUUGAAUGAAUGCAACGAAACUGCA